CCAUAGGGCCCCUCCCCCACGGCAUACCUUUCCCACCCCCCUGCUCCCACCCCAUGCUGUCCCGGCAGGCUACUUCCUGUCCUCUCUUUGGGAGCUGCCCAGGUCGCGGCCCCUGAAGGAGGGCAGCCUAGGUGGCCCGGAAGCAGAGGCUCCAGGACGCUGAGGGGCAGAAACCAGAGCCCCGGGGAGAAGUUGCAGCUCUCCUCCCGUCCUGUGCACAAGGAGACUGGGCCCCUGCAUCUGACCCUGGAAGGAAGAACCUCUGGAGAUGUCUUCCAAUAAUGACCCUGUUACAAUCCCGAUGAUAGAAAGAAAUCCCAGUGACCUUCCUGGAAUGGACACCAGUGACCCGAGCACAUUGACUGGAGAGGUUGUGUUGAGUUUUCAUAACAUCAGCUAUGGAGAAACUGUGCAGAGUGGCUUUCCAUUUCGUAAAAAAACAGAAGUGAUAAGAAGACUAUCUAAUAUCAAUGGGAUCAUGAGACCUGGCCUCAAUGCCAUCAUGGGACCGGAAGAUGGGAGCCGAUCUUGGUUAUUGGAUGUCUUAGCUGCAAGGAAAGAUCCACGUGGAUUAUCAGGAGAUAUUUUGAUAAAUGGAAAACCUCGACCUGCUAAUUUCAAAUGUACUUCUAGUUAUGUACCACAAAAUGAUGUGGUGAUGCAAACGGUGACUGUGAGAGACAAUAUAAUGUUCUCAGCGGCUCUUCGACUCCCAAUAACUGUAACAAAAGAUGAAAGAAGAAGGCGAAUUAAGGAGGUCCUUGAACUUCUGCAUCUGGAUAAAGUGGCAAAUGUCAAGCCUAGAUCUAAGGAGCUCAGGAAAAGGACCAGUAUAGCAAUGGAGCUGGUUGCCCAGCAUCCCAUUCUGUUCUUGGAUGAUCCCACCACUGGAUUAGACUUGAGGACUACAACAGAUGUCAUCUCGGUCCUGAGAAGGAUGUCUAUGAGGGGACGGACAAUCAUCUUCUCCAUUAAUCAGGCUCAGUACUCCAUCUUCAGAUUUUUUGAUAGCCUCACCUUAGUGGCCUCAGGAAAAGUCAUGUAUCACGGGCCUGCACAAGAGGCGCUGGAGUACUUCACAUCCGCAGGUUAUGAAUAUGAUCCCCACAACAACCCUGCAGACUUCUUCCUGGACAUCAUUAAUGGAGGUUUCUCAGCUAUAUUAGACACAGAGGAAGAAGGCCAUAAUGCUGACAUAUAUACAGAACUUUCUGAGAGACGGCACCAAGUCACAGAAAAAUUAGCCAACAUGUAUGUACAGUCCUCCUUAUACAGAGAAACAAGAACUGAGCUGGAUCCACUCUUGGGGGAACAGAGGGCAGGGAGGAGCUCGGCCUUGGAGGAGAUCACGUGUGUCACCCCUUUCUGGAAUCAGCUCAGAUGGAAUAUCUCUCAUUUACUCAAAAAUUGCCUGGGUUUUCCAAAGAUCACUACAAUUCAGGCAGUUAUCAUAGCCAUACUCUCUGUGAUUGUGGGUACCAUUUUCCAUGUCCUACGAAAUGAUUGUAAUGAAGUUCAGAUCAGAGCCAACCUGCUCUUCUUCCUCACAUUCUUCCAGACUAUCACUAGUGUGACCGCUGGGGAGCUCUUUGAGAUUGACAGGGACCGCUUUCUACAUGAGCAUACCAGUGGAUACUACAGAGUGUCACCAUAUUUCCUUGGGAAAUUGCUGGCUGAGCUGGUACCCAGGAGGCUAUUGCCAAGUACUAUAUUUACUGUUAUCGUAUUCAUCAUAGUAGGAGUGAAAACAGAUGUGAAGGGUUUCUUCGCUAUGUUUUUUACCAUCAUGAUGUUGGCUUAUUCUGCCAGUUCCCUGCCACUGUUUAUAGGGGCAGGGGAGAAAGCAGCAGCCAUAUCAACAGUACUUGUGGUCAUCUACUUUAUAUUGAUGCUGUUCAUCUCAGGUCUGCAACUAUUUUACACGAACUUCUUGCAGGACCUCUCAUGGAUUCAGUACUUCAACAUUCCUCAUUAUGGAUUUACAGCUUUGCAGCACAGUGCAUUCCUGGGACAAAACUUCUGUCCAGAACGUAACACAGCUGAAGUCAGUAGAUGUCAUAACUAUGUGAUAUGUACUGGUGAAGAAUACUUGAUAAUCCAGGGCAUCGAUCUCUCAUCAUGGGGCUUCUGGAAGAAUCAUGUGGCCUUAGCUUGUGUAAUGAUUAUCUUCUUAUCAAUUACCUAUGUGCGGUUAUUAAUUCUUAAGAAAAAGAGACAUUUUUAACUCACUCUUCCACUUUCUUUGAAUUAAUCUGAUAUUUUAAAAAAACUAAAACUUUUCUGGUGGCCAUGUCAGAGGAGCAGCAGGUAGGACUUGAGUUUUAAGAGUUUGGCCCACCAGAAUGUAAGGCACUGAUGGGUGAAUCUUGGAUAGAAAAGGCUCUGAGGGCUUUGGCUUCAGAAUGUCUCUUGCUAGUGCUGUGCCUUCACGUGUUUGCUACUGCCACUUUUCUCUGUUAUCUGGCAUCAUGUGAAUAGGGGAAGGCGUUCCCCACUGCCUUUAAUGUAGUAUGAUUAUCUCAUGGAAAUAUCUCUUUCUACUGGGCAUUUUUACCUGUGGAUUAUUACGAAGAUGAUUUCCUCUUAAGCUGUACUGUUUCACUGAACUAAUGAUUUUAUACAAUAUUAGUGGUAGUUUAAAUAGAAUUUUGAUGAUUAAGAGUUUUUACCAAAUGAAGUGAGACAUUAUUAUGAGGUUAGCUUAGUGGGAAUAUUAAUAUAGGUAAAAGUGGGAUAUAGUGUUGCCACUGCCCCUGAUAAAGCAGAGGCUGCAGAGCAUAGAAAUUAUCAACAAGGAGGUGUCACACAGCUAGGACUUAUGAGUUUUCUUGAGAGCCCUAUUGACUGUGGCUUAGGUUAAUGAUUAAGGAAAACAGUCUUGUCCCAGGAGUUAACUCAAGUUAUUUUGAUAUUGGGAAAUGUGUUCAUGGAUUUUGGUGUGCAACAUAGCUAAAACAAACUUUAAAUAAUACCUCAUGUAACUAGAAAACAAAGAAUUGGAUAGUUAAGAUAAUUGGGCAGAACUCUAAAAUAUGAAGAGUGAAAUAGUAAUUUGUUUUUCUGGCAAUUAUAAAACUACUGUCUGUGUAAGCAGUUAUGGCUGAAAAGCUCUUGAUUUAUGAGAAUUCUAAAACAUAAAUGUGUGGUGGUAUUUUACUUGUACUGAAAUGUGAUUUAUUUGUAUGUUAAUAAAGUUGUCUGGGGGUCAGAGCUAUUAGAGCCAUAGCAAGUGCGUGGCGGCAGUGGCACACGCCUUUAAGGACCUGGAGGGCGGUACAUGCAGGCAGUGACGAGGCAGUCACAUGUUUGGGUUUACAACCAAUGAGAAGGCAGAACAGCUAGACUAUAUAAAGACAUACACACAGGAAGUAGGUCCCUUUCGGAGAGCUCUCUUGACUGAAGAGGAUCGCUGAAGCAGGAAGGGUGAGGCUCUUAGCUUUGACCUCUUGGCUUUCUUCUCUGAAUCGACUCUGUGUUUCUUAUUUAAUAAGACGGUUGGUUACAUCUACAUAAAUGUUUACCUGUAUGUGGGUGCUUGGGGACAAUUUGUUUUUAACCUGUAAUGAGUAAAAUGUUUAAUUCAUUAAGGGAAAUGGGAAACAUGUUUUUUAUACUUGUAUUCAUUUUAAUCAUUCAGUUAAAAAUAGAAUAUAACCACAUUGUAAUUUUUAUAUUCCUGGAAAGAUUCUGGGGUAUAUAAGCUGUAAGGGAAGAAAUAAAGAAGUUAGAAGGAAGUCAUCAGGAAGUAGUGAGAAGGAAGUCAUCAGGAAGUAGUGAGAAGGAAGACAUCAGGGAAAAGAAAGAAGGGAAACGUCAGGGUAGAAGAACAGAACAGAAAAAGGAUAGAGUAGAGCAAGCAAUGGAAACAAUAAUAAAAUGAAGAACUAAGCUUUGACCCUCAGAAAAGUCCUAGUGUGUCUGUUUGUCUGUCCAGUAGUUCAUCUCUGCAUCUCCUCUUCAGUUUCUCUAACCUGCUGAAGGCUUGCCACCCAUCAACACCCUAGGUGAGAACCUGACAUGUUGGAGAUGUGUGUGUGUGUGUGUGUGUGUGUGUGUGUGUGUGUGUGUGUGUGUGUUUCCCAUUUCGCUGGCUCCAGAGAGUUAAUGUUUACACUCUCAGAUAGAACAGUCAAUGGAGUGAUUAGUCCUUAGAUUCCAUGGCUCACCUUUAAUCCCUGGCCUGCUGAAGGUUGGAUUCUACAACAUCAAAACUUUAUUUCCCUGUAAAUCCAGCCAAAAAACCAUUAACUGGAGUUGUUGGUUCUAUGCUAGAAAUUUUCAACAGUUGUUUAAAGAGAUGUGAUUACUAACUGUCUUCUAAAUAUUUAAACUUCUACUCAUGGACAAAUGCUACAGCCAACUUUACCCAAAAACAUUCCCACUGUAAUGAACUGUGGUGAAUGCAGAGACUCAUGGCUGCUCCAGGUACCAGAGUGAGUGACACUUGAGUGUUUAACCCUAAACAGGACAUGUAUACCAUCUCCUCUAAAGCUUAGGACAGUGUGGAAGAGUGGUGGAAGGAGUACAGGAGCCAGAAGAUGAGAAGAAGGGUGGGAAAUGCUAUAUUGUGGGCAGGACACACACAGUCAUUGCCACUCUGGUCCAUCUCACAACAUCUACAGCUGCCUGCACAAGACUGGAUCCCUCAUCAGCACAGCAAGGGUCAGAGAGGGACUCAACAGGACCAUACUCCAUUCUGCUGAACUAUUGCUACUGGGAAAUCAUGGGAGAGAGGCAGUCAUUCUGUGAGUCUGUAUACUCACAGAAGAGCCAGCUAGGCUUCACUGGAUAUUCUAAAACCCAGGGUCACACAGACAGCUCUGGUUAAACUCUGUGGGUCAUGAGACAAAUCCAAAGAUAUGAAUGCAAGAAAGGGACUUGUAAGGAGGGGCAUUUGAAGGGGUUGGAAGAUUAAACAGAAAGGUGGGAGGGAGGGAGAAUGGCUGAAAUACAUUAUAUACAUAUAUGGAAUUGUCAAGUUUUUAAAAUAAAAAUCACAAAUAUAAAAAAGGAACUUCUUGUGUACAGUUUCUAAUGAAGACUUUUUUCUACUUGGUUUUUGAUAUUCUGUAAAUCAGCAAUGGUUAUAUUUUUUAAAUUUACAAGAUAGUAACAAACUAAAUUAUAAGUGAGAGAGUCUAAACUCUGAGGUAAUGUUAUUAAAUAUUGCAUGUUACUUCAUCUCAUUGAUAAUAAUUAUGAGAGGAAAUCAAUCAAAUUUCUUUUAUUUGGAAAAGAAUUUGUCCCAGAAAAUCUUACAUUCUUUACAUUUUUACAUCUUCAUCUUUACA